AUGUCAAUGAACGGACUCAAACAGUUCAUCACAACUGUGAGGCAGUCGAAGGACUCUUCCGAUGAGUCGAAUAAGAUAGACAAAGAGUUGAAACAUAUCUAUGAACAGUUUCAUAACUGCGCUAAAGUGAGCAGCAGCACACGACUUUCAAAUUAUCAUAGAAGAAAGUACAUUUGUAAGCUCAUGUACAUCCAGUUAUCAGGCUAUGAUAUCUUGCCAGCGGAUAAGAAAGAUAAGGACGGCCUGGUACGUCUAGGAGUCGAACAAUGCCUCAUCUUACUUAAUGCACAAUUGUCAAAUUAUACAGAUGACAGCAAUAAAGACGAGGGAGUUGUAGAGGAUAUUGACUUGAACUUGAAAGAACUGAAAAAUGAUCGGGACAUUGGCUUUCUUGGACUAAAGAGUCUUUACAACGAACAUAUAACUGUCCAUGAUCUCGAAUCAAUUGUUAAUUCUGUACUUAUUGAUAUCAGCUCUACGAUUGUCUUGAAGAACGAAAAAAAUAAGAAUGUUAUGGAGUCUUUGUGGAUUAUUGUCGGAAUAGGCUUACAAAGCGUCAGUGAGUUGAUAAUUUGGGUGAAGAACUUGUCAAUAACUGAACCAUUUAUGAGUGAGUUUGUAAGCUCAGUUUUCGAGCUUAUACAUUUGGAAAGCAUGAAGGUUCCUGAGUUUGUUAGUACUCGUGCAAUGCUUUGUAUAGCGCAGCUAUUUAAGCUGAACCAUACUGGAGAUCUUAAAAAAGAAGUUCUAACAUGGGAUAACCUCGCUUUUGUUGGGAAAACACUAUCACAAUCAAAUUUAAAUGACACCAGUAUAAUAAUUUCUUUAUGCACACUCCUUGAAAAAUGGGUUGUUUUUGAUUGGGAGGGUAUAAAAAGUUUAGAGGGAUUACUUAUAACCAAAUUGACUGAAGUCUCUGAAAUUUUGAACUCGAUUGAGUUUGAAAACACUAAGAAUAACACUCAAAAUUCUGAUUGGAUUUUACAAUAUGGAUAUAUGAUUAUUUCAUUGUUCAACGUACUUUCACAUAUCACCACUGUUGCACAUGGUACAGGAGUUGCCACGCGUCCGGACUUGAAGAAUACAGUAGAUAAAAUUAUAUCAAAUUGUGUUAACACCAAAGCCAAACUACUGACAGAUAAUGCCACUAAUAAUGCCCAAAAUCAACUUAUAGUCGCAAGCGUUUUGUUUGCGGCGUUGGAUCUCUACAUCAAUGAUGUGAACGAUGCUGGUAAUUUGGAUCGCAGCGAUGUCAGCACCGUUAUGGAAGCAUUGGUCACGUUUCUCCAAUUCAACAACGAUGUUAAUGUGAAAAUUUCUUGUUUAAAGAAACUUAUUUUAGUUAUGGAAAAAACGAGUGAUUAUGGCUUUGGAAGGAAAAUUCUUCUAGUCGAAUCAGCCAUGUGGAGAAAGUUCAUGCACGAUAAGGACCUCUUUGUCUGCAAACUGACUGCCAGAGUUCUCAUCCUUGCUACUGAUAGAAAUAUCAGGGCAAGUGAUGAUAUUGCAUUGAAUCAGAUGAAAGACGUUUUGGCACUUUUAAUGUAUUACUUACAAAAGUGUGAAAAUACUGAAAGGGGCAUCGUGUUAUCGGACAUCUUGACUAUUCUUGAUGACUACAAAGAAACCGGGAUUAUUCAAGAUGUUUCAAGGAAAAUCUUAAAGAUUUUUGUUCUUAUUGGCAACUGUGAUGAUGAGGCAUGGGCUAAAAUAUACGAGUUGAUUAUCUUUUCCACGACAACUUCAGACAGAAAAAAACUUGAUUUGGCACAAGUUGCUAUUGAUUUUAUUGUCAAGAGUUUAUCUAUUGGAUGUUGUGAGAAUUUUAUUAAACUUUCAUGUCUGGUGUUCAGACAUAACUGUACCUAUUGGAAUCUGGGAGAUAUGGAUGCUCAAUUGAGUCUUUUGAUCGAUAAAUAUGAAAACUCCACACUUUUCACGAAGCUAUUGAUAUUGGAUACUAUGGACGCAUACUACGACAUUGUCAAAGAUGCAAAACUAAAAGGAAUAAUUAAGCUAGCAUUUCAACAAGAAAUGCAAUCUAACAAUAUAGAAAUCAAGCAGAGAGCUCAUGAGUAUUUUACCAUUAUCAAAUUAGACUUGUCCUUGAACAAAAAAAUUAGUCUUUCUAAUUUUGAAACACUUCCUCCUCUCGCUACAUCAGAUUCAUCCCUACUACCACUACCAUUGACAUCACCAUCACUACCAGCUUUGAGUGAAAAAUGGGAAGAAGGAUAUAUCAGACUAUUGCGUUUUGAUCAGGGUAUUCUUUAUGACUCUGCAAACAUCAGAAUCACGUUCCGUGUCAAAAGAGAUAAAAAAUUCUCCCAGAUUGAUUUCAACUACAAGCUCAAGAUUAAAAACACAGAAGGCUUCGGGAGCAAAAUAGUAGAAGCUAAUGGUUCGCAAGAUUUUUAUAGUAUUGAAGUGGCUGAAAGCAAGCCAGGUCUGGUGAACGAGUCCGAGAAUGGAACAAUAACUGUAAGGUUUUCAAUUAAAAGGAUGUACCCUGAAAAUAAAGAGCCUGUUUUACAAUUCAGAAUCCCUUCAGCAGGGGAGGAAAUCAAUUUGCGACUAUCGCUAGCAAUGAAGCUUUUACACAUCAGUGAAGGAAACCCAAUGUCAAUCCAAACGUUCCAAUCUAGGUGGAAUCAAAUUGGCCAGUUUAUGCCCGAAAAGGGAUGCUAUAAACUGGAUAUCUCCACUACUACAAGCUCUACAACUAGCGACAACGUGACUCAUAUUGUCGAACUCAUUACACGUUGCAUGAAGAAAAUGAACUUUGAAGUUGUCUCGGCCGAAGGAGGCACUAACGUAGGACAAGAAGGCUUUGUGGUCACUUGUGCCAGCAUCUUGACGUUAGAGGAUCAUCCGGUCGGGUGUCUGGUCGUGCUGACGGCAUCCUCGGUAGAAGUGCGGUGUACAGAUGUGGGAAUUGUGGAGGGAAUGUGUGAGCGGAUUGCGGCUGUGCUAGGGAACAUUAAUUAG